AUGCGAGUCAGGGACACAGAUCAAGAUUCUUCUUUAUCCUGUGUUACCACAGGUGAUGUGGUCAUCGAAUAUAUAACAACCGAAGAACAAAAACGAGAUUUGCCUAUUGAGAAUAAAGCAAAAGCACCUAUUAUUUCCGAACAGAUAGCACCUUCUUCCACUGCUGCUUCCGAUUUUAGCGAUAACGAUGAAGACUACAAUGAUCGUAAAAGUGUUUCCAAGUCAAAGAGUUUCUGGUAUAUCGCAAGGCGUAAUUUUUUCAAAUAUCUUAAGUUUGUCGGGCCAGGGUUGAUGGUUAGUGUUGCUUAUAUGGAUCCAGGUAAUUAUGCAACGGCAACUUCUGCAGGUGCCACAAAUGAGUUUUCUUUAUUAUUUGUUAUUUUAGUUUCCAUUUUUUUUGGUAUUUUUUUUCAGACUUUAUGUAUAAAGUUAGGCAGUGUUACAGGUUUGGAUUUAAGCAGAGCAUGCAAGGAGUUUUUACCCCCAUGGUUGAAUCAUCUUUAUUAUUUUUUCGCUGAAGUUGCAAUUAUUGCUACUGAUGUAGCAGAAGUUAUAGGUACCACCGUUGCUUUAAAUGUUUUAAUGCACAUUCCCUUGCCGGCAGGGGUAGUCAUUACGUUAGUUGACGUAUUAUUUGUUUUAAUUGCUUAUAAGCCCAGUUGUUGCAGUGCAAAAUUGAUCCGUUUAUUUGAAUAUGCAGUGGCACUUUUAGUUUUCACCGUUUUCAUUUGUUUCAUUAUCAACUUGGCUUUAUUACCUAAAACACCUCAAAACAACGUAAGAAAAGUUUUAAGAGGCUAUGUUCCAUCCCGUCAAAUGUUUGAAAAUAACGGUAUUAUUCAGGCUGUGGGUAUUUUAGGUGCCACUGUUAUGCCACAUUCUUUGUUUUUGGGUUCCGCUUUAGUUCAACCAAGAUUAUUAGAAUAUGACGUUAGGAAGGGGAAUUACUCUGUUGAGCCUGACGAAGAAAAGGACGGGGAAGUAGAUUCAACUUCUGGAACAGAUGACGAAACAAAGAAAUCCAGAUCCAGCGAAAGUAUUAAAGACGCCAAAUACCUAAGUUAUAGACCAACCAAGGCAGCCAUUAAAUACUGUUUAAGAUACUCCAUCAUUGAAUUAGUUUUAACUCUUUUCACAUUUGCCUUAUUUGUUAAUAGUGCUAUAUUAAUUUUAUCAGGAUCUACUUUAUACAAUAGUAGCUCCGCUGCAGAAGCUGAUUUGUACUCAAUUUAUGACUUAUUAUGUUCAACAAUUUCUCCUGCAACAGGUAAGAUCUUUAUGCUUGCCUUAUUGUUUAGCGGACAAUCAUCUGGUAUUGUUUGUACGAUGGCUGGCCAAAUUGUGAGCGAGGGUCAUUUAAAUUGGAAGAUGAAACCUUGGAAAAGGAGAAUUGUUACACGUUCUAUUGCUAUUAUACCAUGUUUAGUUAUUACGUUAUGUAUCGGGAGAUCUGCUUUAAAUGAAGCAUUAAAUGCAUCACAAGUGAUAUUAUCAAUUUUGUUACCCUUUUUGACCGCUCCAUUGAUUUUCUUUACUUGCAAAAAAUCAAUAAUGAGAGUAAAAAUUAGUAGCGGUACCAAAGAUUCUUCAGGUGAAGAGGGCAAAGAAGAAUAUUGGAAUAUGGCUAAUAACUGGAUAACCACAAUUAUUGGAUUCGCCAUUUGGAUUUUCAUAUCAUUUUUAAAUAUUUAUAUGAUUGUUCAAUUGGGAUUAUCUCACGGUGAUCUAGGUUAA